AUAGAUGCGUCGGCGUCAACCUUAGUGUGCAAGGUACAUACGAAUCGUUGGGUGGCGCUGUUGCAACGUGUAAGUCAUUUGAACAAUGGCGGCCGCCACAAAACUGUCGCUCGGGGUACAGUACCUACUUUGGGGGACUAAAUGCUCCAUUUCUUUCGGCACCAGACCCACCACACCUCUGCUCCAGUCCUCGCGCUGGUUCGUACAGAGUUCCAGCAAGUUCCCCACCCCGCCCAAGAGGCCAGCCAACGCCUACAUCCGCUAUGUCAACCAGAAGAUGCCGACUGUCAGGUCACAGAACCCAGGAGCUGGUCCGAAGCAGAUUGUGCGCAUCUGUGCAUCGCUAUGGAAACAACUGUCAGAUACGGAGAAACAGCCAUACAUCAACGAUGCAGCCGCAGAGAGAGAGAAGUACAAGUCUGAAUACGAGGAUUUCAAGUCAGACUUCACCAUUGAGGAGUGGGGGGAGUACCAGGACAGCAGGAGGCAGAGAAGGCGACAACUUCAGAAUAGGAGGAGAAGGGAGGAACUCCAACAGCUGGGUAAACCCAAGCAGCCUGUCCACGGUUACGGCCUGUUUGUGAAGGAGAUGUUAUCUGGGAGCUCAGGAAACAUGGCGCAACAGAUGAAGGACAUGAAAGGCCAGUGGAUCAAUCUGCCUGAAACUGAGAAACAGAAGUACAUGUCUGAAGCCAACAAGGCCAAAGAGAAGUACGAGGCAGAAAUGCAGGCCUGGGAGAAGAAGAUGGUGGACCAGGGAAGGCCAGAGCUCGUCCGGGGCUACAAGCCGCCAAAAACUACAGACAAGAAGAAGAAACCGAAAAAGAAGACUAUAGCAACUAAAGCUGCCAAGAAGACAACUAAGAGGACAACAGUAAAAUUAGCAGGGAAGAAAAAGCCAGGGACUUUGUCUACUGCUAGGUGGCCAUAGUAACAGUGUUAAGGGUAUGAAGUAUUAAGAUACAUUUGUAUGUGUAACACAUAGUCAAGGAUAAUCAACUAAAAAGGUUUUCAGUAAGGGGAAGGGGCAUGGAACUAUUUUCUACUUGUAUGAAACAUGGGGCCAAAUCAUUACACCUUAACAGUUGUCUAUGUUGUUCUUAGUGCUAACUUAAUAGUUUUCAACAGUGGAUAGUAAAUAUAACACUGAGCUUUGUACAUCUGUAACGUUAUUCAUAAUAAACUGUGUAACCACUCAGGAUAGUCUAUACUAGAGAGAGAUACUAGAAAGAUACAUGUGCCUCUCUCAGAGAAUCUGCACGUAGUAUAGAUGAUUGACAUAUACAUAGACCUGUUUUCUCACAUUACUGGCACAGGCAGACUAGUCCACUGAUAUCAGAGACUUUGUCAAAGAAUAGACUUUGAAAAUGAAAGAGGUGAUCAUGCAGGCACAACCAUUUAGAUUUUCUACUUGUGUAUGAAAGGAUGUAUCAUGGACAGAAACCAUGGAUAGUAACACUAAACUGAUAGAAUGCCCAGGCACUCACUAAGCGUGAGACAUGCAAUUAAAGUAUGUCAAAAAGAAGAAAAAGACUAGUUGUGCUUAGAGUAAGCAAUGAAUAUUACAAUCAUUUUCAACAUUUGCUUCUCAUAUUUGGGCUGUUAGAUGCCACUGUUAUGGAAAUUGGAAGCUCCAAGAAUUAUAACUACAUGUAGUAAACUUGUACAUAAGAUACAUAAUUUGUCUGGAUCAGAUGUAGUGAAUAAGGAUUUGUUAUCGCAAAGAAGUCAUUUUCAUAUGCUUCUUGUUAACAUUAGCUGUGACAUAUAUAAACCAGCCGAGUGUACUAUGAUGACAUGGAUCUCUAGUAGACUAGUUGCCAUAUACCUGUAUGAAAAUGGCAUUUUGCCAUAUGCCUGUUAGUGUAUGUAUCUGGCAUUAAUCACAGAUGUUUAUACCAAAAGUAAGCUUUGCUUCUAGAUGUGCAAUGUUGAACCUGAGAUCCAGUCAAGUAGAGAUCUAGAGGGCUGAAGACGGAAGCUCAAAAGGCUGGAUCUCUGGCUGGUGAUCUUUUCCCUAUAUAAAAAAAGUUGUGUACACAGAUUUCUUUGCUCAGCUAAUGCAGCUUUGUACAAUGUAAACUGAAUGGACCUACAUUGUAAACCUUAAAUGUUUGUCGUUUUCUAAUACAUGUAGUUUUAAGCUUUAAAGCAGAUGCAUAAAAAACUCCAAUAAAACGGAUAACAUUG